AUGAUUUUCCUAAUGGACCUGCAGAUGAUGCUGCUGGAUGUGCUUUACUUCAUCCUACGUAACUCUGUACGUGUUGUCCUGCGCCCUCGCACCAAACCCAUUGAUGGCGAACUGGUGUUGAUCACUGGGUCUGGUGGUGGUCUGGGUCGUCUAUUUGCUCAGGAAUUCACCAAACACGGGGCUGAGGUGGUGCUGUGGGAUAUCAACAGUAGUUCUAAUGAGCAGACAGCCAAGCUGGUGCGGGACAUGGGGGGUAAAGCAUACACCUACACGGUGGAUGUGACAAACAGGGAGGAUGUGUAUCAGACCGCAGACCAGGUGAGGAAGGACCUGGGCCGAGAUGUUACCAUACUGGUGAACAACGCUGGAGUGGUGGCAGGGAAGCGCAUGCUAGACUGUCCUGAUGAGCUGAUGGAGAGGACCAUGAAGGUCAACUGCCACGCCCUCUUCUGGACAGUGAAGGCCUUCCUCCCUCAGAUGAAGGCCAAUAAUCACGGACACAUCGUGACCAUUGCCAGCGUCCUCGGCCUCUUCAGCACCGCUUGUGUGGAGGACUACUGUGCCAGUAAGUUUGCUGCAGUGGGCUUCCAUGAGUCUAUGGCCCACGAGCUGCUGGCUGAGGAGAUUGAUGGAGUGAAGACAACUCUGGUGUGUCCCUACAUCGUAGACACUGGCAUGUUUGAAGGCUGCAAGAUCCGGGAUGAAGUGGAACUGCUGCUCCUCCCUCCUCUGGAGCCCCAGUACUGUGUGGAGCAGGCGAUGAACGCCAUCCUGGUAGACCAACCUCUCGUGUGCAUCCCCCGCCUCACAUACCUGCCUUUCCUCAGCAGAGCACUGCUGCCAUGGGAAUCUAAUGUGAUCACGUAUCGUUUCAUGGGGUCUGAUAAGUGUAUGUACCCCUUCAUCGAACAUAAGGAGAAACACAGCUCUAAUGGUGCCAUUAUGGUGUCAUAA